UAUAGGGCACUAGUAACCUUAUAGUACCAUAGAUUAAUUUUGCUAGCAUGGCUUCAGAGUAGGGUAAAGUAUUUGUUACUUAAUUUGGCUUAUCAAAUAUUGAUCCUUAUAGCAUCAGUAUAAAAUGUUUGGAUGUUCAGAAGUACCUACUUUGCAUUUGUAAAUCCCAGCUGUGUUAAAGAAGUACUGAAAUUAUGAUUAGAUUUUAGGUAGAUUAAAAAGUCUUUAUUGCCCAUUUACCGCAUAGAGGAAUCAAAAAAUAAUUUAAAAUAUCUGCCUGAAAGAUAAAUAAAAAGGACUUUUUUUGUUGGCAUGAUUGGGAAAUAAGUAGUUGUAGAAAACAUUUCGUUUUCAAUGGGUGCCGUCACAAGCUAGUGGACUUUGUCCUUGGUUGAGAAAAUUCUGGAGAAGUUUUUCAAAUUUAUUCCUUAAUCUUUGCUGAAAUCUUGGCAUGUACGUUCUUUAAUACUUUUCCUUAGUAUGUGAGCUUCUAGUCUUAAAGCACUAAAUGGUUACAGAGUUUUAAUACUAAGCUGCUUGUAUUGCAACUAGACUUGUUUGUUUACAGACAUCACGUAUCAUUUAUAUGUGUGUCUUUUCAGAUUAGGGUUUUUCUGUUGGUUUGGGGAGGGAUUUAAUAUACAUACGUUUCUAGACUUUUCUGUUAGUUAUUUUCUGUAAAAAGAAAGUAGAUUAACAGAAAAUAGUAGUACUUUAUCCAUUAUGGAGUAUGUUCUGCUUAAAAUGGAGGAAAAUCAUAUUGCAGGACCUAUGAAAUCACAGGUUGGAGAUAGUGAAUUGCUGUAUGGAAUAGUGGGAUUUUGUGGUUUAGCUUUUUUCCUUUUUUAAUGCACAGAGUUAUUCAGAAGUAACCACUGGGCUUUAAACUCCAAAUCUAAUUCUUUUAAAAGUAGGGUGGAUUUUUUUUGUUCGUGUGUUUUUUGCUUUUAUAAAUCCUUAUUUACCAUCUUGGCAUUUAUACCCAGUGAUACUUGAUGUGAAUUUUGCAUGUGGUAUAUGAAUAUUUAAGGUGAGACAUACACUUAGGACGUACAAGUAAUAAUUAAUUUUGACACUACUUUAUUCUUUUUAAGAAAGUAAUGUGCAGAAUUGAAGCUAUUAAUACUGCUAAUAAAUGUAAUUUCCUUUCCUUUUUCGUUCUAAUCACAACAGUUUAAAAUGUAGUAUGUAUGCUAAUGGGUGCAUAGUGGAGAAUUUGGCCUGUUAACAUUUCUUUAGAGUAAUUGUGUUAUGCAGGGAUCAAAGGUCUAAUGUUAAGGUAAUGUCAUGGGGAAGUAGAGCUAGUUGGUUCUAGAAUAACUUGGAAUGGAUAAUUUAUUUUAUUUUUGCAAAUGUAGUAAUAGUAUUUUGUAUGUGGGAAAGAAAUGUUGAGAACAGUACAGUUUUUAUCACCUUGUCUUAAUGUGCCUUUGUGAUGUCGAUAUGUUGUGGUUUUGUCUUGGCUCUCUUCUAGCUCUUUAUCUUCAGAAGGAAAACUUUGAUUUUUAAGAGUGGAGGUAUUGGACUAGUGAAGAGGCUAAUAGGCCAUGAAUAACAUGUGAAUUAAAGAGGUUUUUAAAGGCAGAUUGGAGAAGAGAGGAGGAGGUGGUAUGGAAGGCUCAGGAGAAGGGGUAGCUUAACUGUGGAAAGAAGGCGAGCCCCUCUAAUGAGGAACUCCUUGUUGAGGCCUGUAGACUAUAGUGAAUAAAAAGAGCAGAAGAGCUCGUUGUCAACUGAGAGGAAUACUACAAGGUCCAGAGCUGCUCUCUGAAAGUGUUUUAGUAGAAAUGGAGAAAAUGUAUGUGAUGAAGUCUUCACAGUGGCAGAACUUACUCUUCAAAGUUUCUGCUGGACUGGAUUGUGUGUUCUGUACAAGGAACAUACUCAGACAUAACACCAGACAGUCUAAUUCUGGAUUAUCUUUUUUAAAGAGGAGGCAGGCAAAGACAAGUCAAAAUAUUAUCGAUCAAUAGCUACUGUGAAAAAUGUGAUUGAGUGUCCAGUCUUUGGGAGAUGCUCACAGAAUGAUUCUUGAAGGAUUGAUUCCUUUGGGCGUCUUUAUAGACAUAAGGCUUUUGUGAUGCAUGAGAAUGCCUUAUAUGACUCUUUCACAACUUUUCUGGCUCAUGCUUUUAGUUUAAUCUCCACAAGGCAGAAUAAAAUUGGGUAAGCAUGGCUAUAGCAAUGCAUAAAGAGUCUCAGCAGUUGGGAUGGUCUAGAAGACAACAAAUCUUUUGACUAGAGCCCUAGUGUGAAGCAGGGGUGCAUUUAAGAGGAAGAAGAGGUUUUGCAUAAUCUGACUAGAAUACGAAGAAAAAAGAUGAGAGAGUGGCAUCACACAUUAUGUGAUAUGUUGCAUUAACACUCCUUUCUCUUUUUUUUUUUUUUCACUCUUGAUCAAAAUCGUUUUCAGGUGUGAUGAUGGGGAGUGCUGCUGGCGUAGUGUUGGGCCUGUAGAUUCCUAGAAAAGUAUGGGCUUCUUUUGCUGUCGGUGGAGUGUUUUCAUGUUGGCAAGAAAUACCAGUGGGAAUUGUAUGGUUAUAGAAUUUUAACUCUGAGAUUAUGGAAAGAAAUGCUGCUGGUGAUGGCGUGGCUCGUAUUUCAGGAAUUGCUAGCCCAGUGGUCUAGUCACCAAAUUGUUGUUGAAUCAACAGGAGGUGAUGAUGUUUAUGAUGGUAUGGAAGCAUAUUGAGGCCUUUGUAGAAGAGCUGCUUCUGGAAAGGAACUUGUUUUGUGAGAGCACAAGUUGAUACAUAAACUCUGUGCUGAGAUCAUUGGUGUCAGAGACACUUCUGGAGAGCUGUGCUGUUGGUAACAUUUUAGAGACAGCUCAGAUGAUUAUGGUCGAGGCCAGGGAUUUAUUCUGUUUGAGCUGCUAAAAUGAUUUUAUCCUAUGUGAUCCUUAUUAAAGGAAAAUAUUGUAGGAAAAUACUCCAGAUUUAAUUGGAUGAAUACUCACUUCAGUACAGUUAAAUAUUAGUUACUGCUCCAGGGAUGAGGGAAAAGCAGGAAUUGGCAAGGUCAAGCUGAGUUGCACCUCAAAAAGUCUAUCAGAGUAGCAUGAAAAAGGUUCUUGAGUUAUGUAAAUGAAAAACUGCAUUUGUUAUAUAGAAGGCAUGGUAGAAUUUAAGCAAAAUUAAGUUAAUCCUUACACUGAAACAGUGUAAUACAGCCUGACAUUUUUCCUAAAAGCAGAUAAGGGUAGGGGGGAUAGCUACAGCUGUAGCAAUAAAAUCAGUUGUCUCAAAUGGUAGAACCAUGAUCAUUGACUCUUGAAAGAAGCUGAGUUUAGCAAUAGGAGUUUUGUUUGUUUGUUUUUCCACCAAGUUUAUGAAGUCACAAAGGAUUUGUUGUGGAAAACCAGCUAGUGUGAUACUAAUUGAAAUUGAAUAUGAAGGUGACCAUCCACGCUGUUACAGCAGUGUGCAGGGCACUGAGAAAAAGUAAAAUACAAAGUAGAAAAUUAAGCAAGCUGUGGCGUGGGUUAACCAUAGAUUGUAUCCUUUAAAUUUAUCCCUUUUGCUAUUGCUUCAGUCCUCAAGCUGGAAAGUUGCGGGUUUACUUGCAAAGAACAAAAACUGCUGGCAACUUUGAGCCUACCAGGUGAUGUUGACAGGGGGAGAACAGGAGAACCUGAAUAGGUUUAACAAUUGUGAGGCUGUGGAGUGAGCUGUGAAUUGGAAUAGUGAGAGCAAAAAACUUGAAAGGGUGAUUGGAAAGCUUGCAAGAGGAGUGCGAUUGCCUGUGAUUGAGUUUGAAUUCGGAGAGUUUCUUAUAGUGCCUGGCUCUUGGGAAGGGCUGUCUUGCUGGGACAGUCUUUCCUGCUGCUGCUCAGUAUUAUGGAAACAAAGCUUUGAAAGAAAACUCUUCAGUUACUUUCUGGUCAGGUAACUUACAUGAACAGUUGCAGGAAAGAAAAUAAAUCUGAGAUAUGUUUAGAAACAUAAUUUCAUCAGUUCCUUUAACUUCCUUUCUUUGAUGUCUUAGCUAAGGUCAUGAAAGACAACACAAGAUCUUUGAUGCUAAGCUUUAAAUGAAAGGCUAGUUUAUGGAUACAAAUUCGUAAAUCUACUACUACAUUUAAUAUUUAACUGGCUUUUGAUUUUGGAAGUGCAUGGUGCAUUCUUCACUUGCCAUGUGGCUGGAAUCUGUUUUUUGAAGUGCAAUACUUAGACUCAACUGUGCAGUUACAGGUGCUGCCUCAUUUGUGGGGAUUGAAGCCUUUUUACUCAAGUUUUAAAAACAAAUAUGUGGAACUAUAAAUGUAAAAAGCUCCCAAAUCACCAUUGGAUUAAUGUAGUGAAACUUUUAAUUAGGGUCUUUUACAUGGUGAAACUUUAAUUUUGAUUUUUCUUUGUGAGCAUCUCUGGUCAGAGGAGCCCCCUCUUCGGUUGGGGGGACUGAAUCUAUAGAAUAUUUACAGGAAGGAAAUAGAGGUAAUCUCACAGCUGUUGUUCAGUGAAUACUGCAUCCUUGAUGGUUCACAUAGUUGGUAGAUCGAAGAACCAGUUGAUGGCAGCCAUCAGCUUUAUCUGACUUAACUCUUUUUUCAUAGCUGUCAGCAGCCGAGUUUACUCUGAGGGAGAAGAGAAGCACAGCUGCAUGGGGCUUUUUGGUGUAGAAUGAGUUGGAACAAUUUUAAAGGAUCUGGGAAGAUGCCUUGAGUUCUUGGAAAAAGUAACAGUGGGUUCAGGAAAUCCGCAUUGCAGUCAACGAGCAAAAAUCAAAUUAAAGUAGAUCUUGUAGAUGAGAAUUUUACAGAAUUAAGAGGAGAAAUAGCAGGACCUCCGGACACACCAUAUGAAGGUGGAAGGUAUCAAUUAGAGAUAAAAAUUCCAGAAACGUAUCCAUUUAAUCCUCCUAAGGUGCGGUUUAUCACCAAAAUAUGGCAUCCUAAUAUUAGCUCAGUCACUGGGGCCAUUUGUUUGGAUAUUCUGAAAGAUCAAUGGGCAGCAGCAAUGACUCUAAGAACGGUGUUGUUAUCACUGCAAGCGUUGUUGGCAGCUGCAGAACCAGAUGAUCCACAAGAUGCAGUAGUGGCAAACCAGUACAAACAAAAUCCAGAAAUGUUUAAACAGACAGCUCGACUUUGGGCACAUGUGUAUGCUGGAGCACCAGUUUCUAGUCCAGAAUACACCAAAAAAAUAGAAAACCUUUGUGCUAUGGGCUUUGAUAGGAAUGCAGUAAUAGUGGCCUUGUCUUCAAAAUCAUGGGAUGUAGAGACUGCAACAGAAUUACUCCUGAGUAACUGAGCCAUGUAGAGAGAGCUGCUUCAGUAGUCCAGCUUGCCCCUUCUGGAGGAGCAUCACCAUCUGUUAUUUUUAGGAUUCUAUAUAGAUUCUCUUUUAAAACUGGCACUCUUACCUGAUGAUGCUAUCUAGGCACUAUUGGAGACUGAAAAAAACGCUCUGUAAAUAAAGCUAAUUAAACGUCUGUGUAAAUUUAAAAAGGGGAAAUACUUUAAUUUUUUUUCUUACUAAAUAUUGUAAAAAUUCUUUGAGCUCAGCUAAGAUAAUGGGAAAAAAAACCAUGCCUACUUUAGUGUUUAGCAGUGUGACGAAGACUAGCAGGAACUUGCUUCAGGAUUUUGAUUUAGUAAUUCAGAAAGCAACAUUUUUGAGUGUUAGUCAUCAAAAUUGUUGGUGCCACUCAUCACAGCUAUCUUACUGUUUUUAACAUGGAUCCUAUGUGCCUGUGGAUUGACCUAUAUUUGCAUGCUUGUACUUAAUAGACAUAUUAGGUAGGGUCGCUGAAGAGAGCACCAUUGAAAUACUCGAUUGUUCUUGUAACUUUUUUUUCCUGAAAGACUUUGAAGACUUACCCAAAGUUCCAAAUGGUGACCUAUUCAGAACUGGUUUCUUUCUAGCUGAUUAAUUGGGAAACCUGAUUCUCCUCUCCCUUACAUCAUACAGCUGAAAAUCCUCACUAGAUCAUGUUUCAUCAUCUCUGGUUAUUAUGUGUGCCAUUUACAGUAGUCUAGGCUCCCAUUUAAAAAUACAUUUUGAAUUAUCAGUAAUGAUUUCCAUCCAUCAUGUUUUCUACACGCUCUCAUAAGGAGUAUGCCUCAAUAUAGCACAAAAAGAUGGAGCUGGUUUUCUUUCUUUUCUUUUUUUUUUUUUUAAUUUUUCUUAAAUAGAUGUAAAAUGUUCUUCAGUACAUUCUGGAUAAUAUGAUUUCACUGGGUCUGAAGGAGGAAAAAUCUGGUUCUCUAGUGUACUGAGAAUUAAAGAAUAUUUUCUUUGAGUACUUGAUAUGAUGCAAUCAGCUGUUUUUUGCAGCAGUUUUCUAGCUUUAUUUUGGGCUUCAAUUUAAGGAUUGCUUACCAGGUACUUUAAAAUUCAUCCUUGCUUGCGUUUUUCUCUACUUGACACAUGGAGGCUGUGUUGGUGUUUUUCUGUACAUACUUCAAAUGCACAUAGAAGUAGAAGUGUGUUCUCGGUUUAGCUUUCUUUUGGAUUGAUGUUUCUGAUAAAUGAGAACUGAAAUCUUACCUUGGCUUGUACAUACAGUCAGUCUUUUUAUUCGUAUUAAAAUGACAUUUCAUCCUGAGUGCAAAAGCUUGAAAAUUAUUAGUUUUGCAACUUCAAACACUAGUACAUCUAUUUAAAGAGAGCUGUAAUGUCUUUGUGAAUAUGAUGCUAAGUUUUAAGAAUAUAUCUGACAAGGAAGCUCAGAGAAAUCCUGAGACUAGAGAGAGGGGAUUGUGGAUGAUGGAGUACUGUGUAAGUAAUCUUUUCCACGCCUGGUUUGUUCUUUUUUUCUCCUAAACUCUGGAUUAAUGGGGUGGGGAAAUACAUGUCUGGGGGUUUUCUGGAGCUAUGAAGUACAAGUUGAAAUAGUUCCAUGCUUCAUAGACACUCUUUUUAUAAAUCAUGCUAGAGGAAAUAGGAACAUUAUUGUAUCCGUUAAAUAUCUAGAGCAUAGUGGGAACAGAACCAGAAAAUAGAGCUGUAGAGAUGUAGCUAGUUCAGGGAUGUUCCUUGUACUGCUCUGUGCGAUGUGUCCAAACCUAAAAUAUUUCAGGACACAGACAGUAAAUACUUUGAACUCAUAUCAGUGCAAUACUAAAUGCAUUUGCUUAGUCUUUAUACAUACUGCUUUUUAAGGUAUAGUCAGUGAUCAGUUUUCUUGAGUUAGUGUAAAUCAUUUGCAAUGAUGCCAAAGGAAAUGAGUUGUUUUCUUCUUUCCUUAUAUUUAUUUAUUUUUUUAACAAGAAGCUACUACUGUUCAGCUGGUUUGGUAGGUGAAAACCAGGGACAGUAGGAAACUAUGGCAGAAUGCCGCUUGUGUUAAUCUCAAGUUGCUGUCUUUUCUGUUAUACAGGCUAAGAACUUCUUGAAUACAUCAACACCAUUUGUUUGUUUUUUUUUUACCCUGGUGGUAAUUGUAAAUUGCUGACUACUUUCCCUUGUUCUUCACUGCUGUUUAUCAAAAGAAAGAACUUGGAAAUCAUUGUUGGGGACAUAAAACAUGUCAGUUCUGAACGUGUCUUUUGAUAAGAUUAGUCUCCUAAAGACAGCGAGUUUUCCAACAGUAUGUAAAGGGAUAAAGGAAGCAAGGGGAAGGGGGGAAAAAGGAUAAUGGUUCUUACGUGAGCAUGGUCACCUCUGAAAUAAUGCUGUUAGGUUUUCCUUCUGUCAUGAAGUUACCUCAUUUUCUUUUCUACUGCAAAACACUCAUCUUCCCUUUCCCCCUUAUGUAUAGAUGUUGGCUACUGGGUUUCAGCCUCCAUUCAUGCGCUUGGUAGCAAAAAUACCUUGAUGCUAGCUCAGGUGCUGGCAGGAGGGAAGCUUCUUCGGAAGUGAGCGGGGAAGGCAACACAACCCAGCAUUAAGGAGACAUCUGCAGUCUGAAGUCCCUCUGAAUUUAACAUGCGAGUCCUUUAUAAGGAAUGUUUUUGUAUUCUUGGUAGUUAUCAGAGUUGAAUAUAGGGAUAAUGUUGUUCGGGGUUAGUUUAACUGCAGCUGGGGCUGAGCCCUGGGAAUUUUGCUGUUAAUGUUCAGUUUAUCAUUAUGAGUUUGUACAUACAAAAUGGUAGUUCUGUUUUCUGUAUGACUGAACUAUGUUCAGGGCCCUGUGCUCUCUCAGACAUGGAGUUGCCACAGAAUCCACUCCAGCUGUGGUCUUGGGCUGCACGUUCACUGCCUUCUUACAAGAACAUAACACAUUGGGUGCAGUUGGUUUCAAAGUACAAAUAAAUCCUGCAUUGUCUUCCUCUAUCAUGUAAGAAGAUGGCUUGAAACUUAAUUUUGAAGUCUAAAUGGUCCCAUUUUUCUGAACAAGGUAUUGGCAAUGGUGCUGAUUGCUAGACCAUCAAUUGAAUUUCACUGCUGAACGUUCUAAUGUGCAUCCAGCAAAGUGGUUUAUCCCCUCUUUGUUUUGUUGGUGGGGAACGAGAAACUCAUCUCGUCCUGUUCCUCAGGGUGGAGUACAGCUUUGUUCAAAGGCAGAGAAAUGCCCUUUCCUCUUGCCAAAAGCCUCAUCUUCCAGUGAGUGCCAAAAGCCCUGACUGUAUCCCACCCCCACCCACCGAGUCACAGCUCCCUCCUGUCGCUGCUGCGAACAAGCUGUGUUCUCAGUGUGACAAACGGGUACAUUUUGGAGAUGCAAACUUAGGAACAUAUCCUUCUGAAAGAUGUGGCGCAUAUGCUCUGCAUUCUGCAUAUCCCAAACUGUAAUUCUUGUUUUUUCUUUUAGUAAUCUUGCCACAGAGUACAUGGGGCCUUGACUAUAAUUGGUUCGGUGUUAUUUAUCUGAGCAAUUGGGUACUCAUGGUGUAGGAAUGUCUUGGGUUUUUAAUUAUCAUUGUAUUUAAUUAUCAUUGUAUUUAACUGUUUUCCAAGUGAAUUAGUGUUGGAACACUGACAAGGAAUAGAGGAUCUUUUCUGUUGUCUGAAAGGAGGAGUUAAAUAGCCAGACAGAAGCUUACCUUGUAACGUCAAAUCUGCGUUUUAUGCGGUGGGUAACAGAAACAUUUAAACUAUGCAAAUUGAAGCUUAACAGCUGUGAAUCAGACUAGGCACUGCGGAGCAUAUGGAUUGCUUAUUUAAUUGGGAAAGGGAAAUGGAGGGGGGAAUCAACACACGGUUUCCAGCAGGAGUUCUUGUUUAUUGCAUUGGUCCUGCACUGUGAAGGUGGAGCAUUCCAUUUUCAGAGCAAAGGGAAAGCUCAUGGUGUGCAUCUCCCUCGCUUCCUUCCUGAAGACCAACACAAGCCAGCUUGGCCUUGGAGGCUUGCCCAGAGGGAGAAAUGUUAAAUACUUUAGCGGUGAAAGGUAGUUUAACAUCGCAUUUGCUGGUGAGCAGAUGCAAUGAGAAGAUGAGGUGUCAGCUCCUGCUGUGUUGUGUUGAUGAGGGGGGCACCUCGGUGAGUGUGGCCGUUGGGGUGGGGUUGGGUUUCUGUGGCUUUGAUGGGCAAUCAGCCCAGCAACAGGUAGUGAAAGCGCAUUCAUCGUACACUCUUGCAUUGCGGAGCUAAAGUGUGAAAGUAAAGGUGCUCGUUGGGUGCCUAAAGCUUUUUCUGGGAAGACCAUACAGAUGUUUUUGCUGUUCCUGUCCUCAUUUUCCAGGCACAGCUUUCCCCUAUGGCUAAACAAAGGGGCAGUCACUUCUUUCUUGACAGUUUCCUGAUCUAUUCCAAACCCAUCAGUAAGUCAUGUAGCUUGCUCUUCCUGUUUGUGGUGUUAGUGUCAUCAGCAGACUCAUCACUAGACUUACAAGACCAACUGUUCUGCUUCUUGCUUGGGUGUUCCAGCUCCAGUGCUCUGUAGGUAGCAACUUGACUUCAGAUUUGUUCUCACUGGCCAAACUCUUGCAAAUCAUUUGCACUGUACUGUGAUGUGAUGUUCCUUCUCUGCUGUUACCUGCUUUGUAGGCAUCAAAAUAGCUAGCUGGUCGCUUAUGGUGCUGAGCCAUCCGUCAGUAAUGUGAGUUAAGAUAAUGACUCAACAGACAAGGAAACGUACUGUGAAAAUGCUGUACUUGUCCGUUUUAUGGCAGCUGCUGGUGCUCUGUUGUGCUGUCUGAAGGAGGCUGCCAUCAUACGAAUGCUGAUGUCAACUGCUGAAGCGCCCUGCUUUCACUUACCUCUUCCAUCCGCAACUCUGACUUUUCUAAUUAAAAAUAUGAAAUAAAGACCAAUACAACCUAUGGCAGGAGGUUGGUUCCCGAGGCUCAGACUUCCUGUACAGGAGGAGCGGGUGGGCUGGAAUGCAGCAUCAGUGCAUUUUGUCUUGAAAAUAAAAGCUACACAAACACUUUUGUACGCAAAUGAUUUUUUCAAUAAACACAUUUUAAAAGAUGUUGAUUUUCACUGGGAAUGCUUAACAAUAAAUGCAUGUUUCCCUGAAAACAGCUUUCAUUUGGUUUCUGGUAAUUCCAGUUGUUCUGAGGUUACAGGGUCUACUGCCUCCAUGUCUGUGAUAAGAGAGAAAGGGGUGAUUGCUUUUGUGAUACAUAUGAAAAAGUUGUGGAGAUGAUGAUGUAAAUACAAGGUGUGUAAUGGUGUGCAUUACUUCAACUGACUGCCUCAUGGUAGCCUGAGAAAUCCAUGUACAGAUGCAGCACCUCUGUCUCCUUUCAAAGGCUGUUUCUGGGGAAACAGUCAACUCACAGGGGAAGGAGUUUUCUUUGGAUUUUCCAGCACUGCUCUUGUUCAUCUCAUCUUUGUGCAUUUUAAACUAUGGACUUCAUCUAAACUACAGCUCUUGCAUGGGGAGGUGACAGCACUGUCUCCUAGCUGUAGUAGAAUCUUGUAGGGAUGACGACUAUGGGUGUGUUUGCCACCAAUACAUACUAUCCACUACUUCUGGCAUUUGUCAACAUUUGUUAAAUGGAGUAAAGUGGUUUGAAAGAUAGAAUCUGCCCAGCUGAAGCCAUGGGCUGGGAGUAAUGCUGGCUGUAAUGCUUUGUUUCAGGCCUAUGUCUCAUCUUCAGGUGUGUGUAUGUGUGGGUUCUGCGGGUUUCUGGGCAGGUUCUACCAGUUGGGGUAGUGCUGCCCAAUUUACGGUGUUCAGACAGUGGUGUGAGGCAGUUUUUGUUUGUUUCUUUAAACUUGCUGCCAUCAGGAGCUAUGGUGUAUUGUGGUGCCUUGUUCAUUAAGAGGGAGCGGGAGCACUCUCCAGCCCCUGUGCUGCAGCUGGGGCUGCCCAUUAAUUGAGAAGAACAUUGCUUAAAUCCAUAUUCUGUUGUUGUUGUAAUUAGACACUGCUGUGACAAGAUAACUGAGAGCUGCUUUAUACUGAAAUACUUGCAACGUUGUCCAACAGCCUGGUCAUUUCUUCCAGCACCCCAAAGCUGGAAGCGAGUUCACAGUUGCCAUGGACUGACAGUGCUUUACUAGCUCAACUUCUCCUGUACUUAAUUCUCUGUUUCAGUAGCUGUCAUAUGGACAUGUUUAGCUCUCGGGCAGGUAACUCUGACACUGCCAAUGCAGCAAAUCCAGGAUUUUAAAUUGUUUUAAGGUCAAGUCUGGAUCUGGAGCACCCGUGUCUGGUAUAAUGUCAAAUAAAUUACGUUGCUUCA